AUGGCUGGACGUUUUCCUGAAGCUGCAAAUCACGAUGAGCUCUGGGAUAUUCUCACAAAAGGGUUAGACGUACACAAAACAAUCCCCAAAGACAGAUUCAAUCCCGAAACGCACUAUGAUCCCACAGGCAAGGGGAAAAAUAAAAGUCAUACUCCAUACGGGUGCUUCAUUAAAGAACCUGGUCUCUUUGACCCCCAAUUUUUCAGUAUGUCGCCUCGAGAAGCUGCACAGACGGAUCCCAUGGGCAGGCUUGCAUUAGUCACGGCUUAUGAGGCGUUAGAGAUGUCAGGCUUUGUGCCUAAUCGAACGCCUUCGACAAAGCUAAAUCGAAUUGGCACUUUUUACGGGCAGACCUCUGAUGGUUGGAGAGAGAUCAAUGCUGCUGAGAAUAUUGAUACUUACUUCAUCACUGGUGGAGUAAGGGCGUUUGCUCCAGGCCGUAUAAAUUACUUUUUCAAAUUCAGCGGUCCAUCUUAUAGCAUCGACACGGCUUGUUCUUCAAGUUUAGCUGCAAUCCAACUUGCAUGCAUCUCCCUCUGGGCCGGAGAAUGUGAUACAGCAUGUGCUGGUGGUGUCAAUGUUCUUACUAAUCCUGAUAUCUUCGCCGGCCUUAGCAAAGGUCAAUUCUUAUCAAAGACUGGCUCUUGUAAGACGUUUGACAACGCAGCGGAUGGUUAUUGUCGGGGUGACGGAUGUGGUACGCUGAUAUUAAAACGUUACCAAGACGCAAUCAAAGACAACGACAAUAUCCUAGGGUGCAUCCUUGGUGCUGGUACGAAUCAUUCUGCCGAUGCGAUAUCAAUUACCCACCCCCAUGCUGGUGCGCAGGAGUUCUUGUACAAAAAAGUUCUUGCUGAAGCAGGUGUCGAUGCUCGUGAAGUCAGUUAUAUAGAGAUGCAUGGCACUGGAACACAGGCUGGGGAUAAUAUCGAGAUGACCUCAGUAACAAACGUAUUUGCCCCAAGAAAUCGUCCUCGGAAGCACAAUCAACCUUUAUACUUAGGGUCUCUGAAGGCGAACAUUGGCCACGGUGAAGCUGCCUCAGGAAUUAGCGCAAUGAUCAAUUGUCUCAUGAUGUUGCAAAGAAAUCUGAUACCUCCAAAUGUUGGUGUCAAGGGCAUUCUAAACCAAACAUUUCCCAGAGACCUUACUGGGCGGAACUUCCAUAUCCCCUUUCAACAAGUGGAGAUACCAAGAAAGUCUGAAGGAAAACGGAAAUUCUUGGUGAACAACUUCAGUGCUGCUGGGGGAAAUUCAGCGGUCCUCCUGGAAGAUGGGCCGAUGCGAGCCUCGCCAAAGAAAAAAGAUCCCCGGAAUUACCAUAUCGUUACCGUCACUGCAAGAUCAAUUUCUUCACUCAAAAGAAACAUCAAUAAUUUGAUUGAAUAUCUGGACAAAAAUCCUGGAUUGCAGCUUUCGAGUUUGUCGUAUACGACCACAGCUCGUCGUAUUCAACACCUUUAUCGGGUAUUUGUUGCUGCUUCAGACGUGAUAGAUGUUAGAGCCGGCCUAGUCAAACAAAUCAAGGAGACUUACAGUCCGGUCUCAGUCCAGCCAACGAAAGUGUUUUUUGUUUUCACCGGACAAGGAGCACAAUACGUCGGAAUUGGUAGAGAUCUAUACACGAACCUGUUUCCCUUCAGGAAUGAAAUCGACCAGCUAGAUAAGCUUUCCUGCAGACAAGGACUGCCCAGUUUUUUGCCAUUCAUUACUGGUACAGAUCUGUCAAACUUAUCACCAGUUGUUGUUCAAUUGGGACUUGUAUGCAUUCAAGUUGCUCUUGCACAUGUGUGGGAAUCCUGGGGUGUAAGACCCUCAGCUGUGAUCGGACAUAGCUUAGGAGAAUAUGCUGCCCUUUGCAUUGCAGGGGUGAUCUCAGCAAGUAGCAUGAUAAAUCUGGUGGGCCAACGUGCACAAUUGCUAGUCACACAUUGCACCGAAUUCACACACGGUAUGCUAGCCAUCAAGGCUAGUGUGCAAACUGUGAAGGAUAUAUUAGGCGCAGACAUGCUAGAAAUAGCAUGCAAGAACAGUCCGACAGAGACAGUUCUUUCCGGCACUUUGCAUGCCCUGAAAAUAGCCAACGAAGGGUUAAAUGCAAGUGGUGUCAAGACUACCCUCUUGGAGCUUCCUUAUGCUUUCCAUUCGGCGCAGGUCGACCCGAUCCUCGAAUCUUACCAUGUUUUGGCCGGCUCAGUCACAUACAAAAGGCCCCAAAUACCGAUACUUUCUCCUCUUACUGGGGAAAUAGUUCGCGAGGCAGGCAUUAUUGACGCAGAAUAUCUCGUUCGCCACGCUCGCCAAACUGUUGACUUUUGUGCUGCUUUAUCUACAUUUGCUUCUGACGAGCUUGGCGUUGGAAAGUCGGUCUGGCUUGAGAUUGGGUCUCACCCUAUAUGUUCUAACAUGAUUAGAAAUUCUUUGGAAGGUUCCCCAAAUACUGCCCAUUCCUUGAAGAAGGGCGAGAAUAACUGGAAAACUAUAUCAUCCAACAUUGGCAGUAUCUACAAUGCUGGAGUGGGCGUUAACUUCAACGAAUACCAUGCUGCUUUUUCUCACUGUCACGAGCUAUUAGCUCUACCUACCUAUGCCUUAAACAACAAGACAUAUUGGCUUGAUUAUCACAAUGAUUGGUGUCUCACCAAAGGCGAAUCGCCAACAUCAGCACGGAAACUUGAAGAGGUUGCCAAGCCUUCCAAACCUUCAACGACUAGCUGCCAAAAGAUAGUGUAUGAGGAGCUUCAUACUUAUUCAGGGAAAAUGAUAGUUCGAUCUGAUCUCGCGGAUCCUAUGCUUUCUCGAGUUAUUUCUGGUCAUAUAGUUAAUGGCUCACCUUUGUGUCCCUCAACAUUAUACGGAGACAUGGCUCUCACGAUAGCGGAUUAUUUUUAUAAACAACUCAGACCAGAUGGUCCACAAAUUGGUAUGAAUGUCUGCAACAUGGAAGUCAGCAAACCGCUCAUUGCGAAAGUGCCUCCACCCCCCGAAGGUCAAAACAUCGAGGUCGAAGGUACUGCAGACUUGGAAGUAAACCAGGUACAACUACGAUUCCGAAGCGUGUCACCUAAAGGAGAACUCAUUCUUGAGCAUGGCAAAUGUCUUGUCAAGUACGAAGACAUCGCUGAUUGGACUGAUGCGUGGAGGAUGACGCAAUACUUGGUUCAAACUCAGGUUGAUCUUCUGAACCAGAAGCUUCAAAGCGGGACUGCUCACAAAAUUUUGCGUGGUGUCGCCUACAAGCUUUUCAGGGCUUUAGUGACUUACGAUGAGAAUUACCGUGGAAUGGAAGAAAUCAUAUUGAACGACAGGGAAACUGGAGCAAUUGCACAGAUAUCAUUUCAGACGGACCAACAAUCAGGAACAUUCUUUUCCUCUCCAUAUUGGAUUGAUAGUCUGUGCCACAUAUCUGGAUUUGUAGUCAAUGCUACAGAUCUCAUUGACUCGGCGAAAAGCGUCUACAUCUCGCAUGGGUGGAAUGCCAUGAGAUUUGCCAAACCUUUCUCGCCAGAGAAGAAGUAUCGAAGUUAUGUUCGGAUGCAGCCACAACCAAAUAAUAUAAGGGCGGGGGACGUCUAUAUAUUCGAAGAUGAAAAUAUCGUGGGUGUUGUCAAUGGUGUCAAAUUCCAGCAGAUUCCCCGGAAGCUGUUGAAUACCUUCCUCCCACCAACAGAUUUGGGACCACUUUCCAGACCAAUUAAGGAAACGCAGACGCCCAACAGAGCUUUCCCUGUCUCAAAGCCCACAAAAGACUCAACUGUCAUCUCAAUUGCAGAGCAUUUAUCUCUUGCGUCGCAAGUCAUGGAUAUACUCGCUACCGAGUCCGGACUAGAUCAGUCUGAAUUAACGUCGGAGACAGCCUUCGAAAACAUUGGAGUGGAUUCUCUGAUGUCUCUAACCAUGACAACUAGAAUCCGCGAAGAGCUUGAUAUUGAUAUUCCAUCGACGCUUUUUAUUGAAUUCUCAACGAUUGGCGAAAUGCAAAAUUUUCUUGUGCAACACCAAGAGACCAUUACCUAUCCAUCGAGCUCGGCGGCGUCUCCAGCAAAUACUCCACUUAGCAGUGGGAACGAUUCCAUCAAGAAUACAACACCUGAGUCGAGCAUUAGUGAUAAUGAUGAGAUAGCAGAUUCCUCCAUAUCUUUUGGAAAUACUGGGCCAAGUGUCAUUCGCCAAUUAAUUGCGCAGGAAUUGGGAAUUGAUAUAGCGGAAGUGACUGAUGAUGCAGAUCUGGCAGGAAUGGGUAUGGACUCUCUCAUGAGCCUGAUGAUUAUCGGAUCUCUUAGAGAAAGUGCCGCCAUCAAUCUACCUUCUGCCUUUUUCCUGACACACACAACCAUCAAACAAGCUGAAGAGGCGCUGGACCUGCGGCCCCUGCCAAAUCCACAAGUAUCCCAAAAUCAUCUUUUAGGAGCUACAGGCACACAAAGACAAGUUGCUCAACCACAAAUUGCACUAUCCGACAGUAUGUUAAACACUGGAAUGGUUGAUCUCUCGACUUGCCCACCUGCAACCUCAUUCUUAUUACAAGGAAACGCCAAACGAGCAACAAGAAAUCUGUUUCUCCUUCCCGAUGGCUCUGGUUCUGCAACUUCGUACAUGCAUAUUUCUCCAUUACACUAUUCAGUUGCGGUAUAUGGUCUAAACUGCCCAUUCAUGAGGAAUCCUACCGAGUAUACCAUUGGACCCAAGGGACCGUAUUACAUUGGAGGCUGGUCGGCUGGAGGUGUUAUGGCAUAUGAAGUUACACUACAACUUAUGGCGCUGGGCGAGAAAGUUUCUAAACUUUUCCUCAUCGGCUCCCCCUGCCCGGUGGCACUGAAGCCAUUACCGACACGCCUUUUCAAAUUCUUUGACGAUAUAGGCCUCCUAGAGUACGAGCCUGCUCCAAUGCCAAGUGGAAAUGCACCAGAAACAAUUGCUAUCUGGGCAAAGGAAGGAGUCUGCGAGAACAUGGAUGGCGCCGAACGACCUCGAGCUGACGAAGAUGAGCCGAAAACAAUGAAAUGGUUGCUCGACAAGCGUACCGAUUUUGGCGACAACGGAUGGGCACAGUUACUGGGUCAGAAUGCAAUCUCGUGCCAGGUUAUGGGAGGCAAUCAUUUUACUAUGAUGACGAAUAAGAAUGCUCAGAUUCUGGGUGAAUAUCUUAAAGGUGGGCUUGGGGUAUUGAAUUGA